GCUCCAGUCACUGCCUCGAGAAUGACGAGCCGAGCUGUGUUUAUAUUUGUGUCAGAUAGCUACUGUGUAAGUAUGAUAUAGAAGCUGUCAGCUGCAUAGAAAUAAAGUUUGUGGCAGUGUCUUUGAGGAAAUGCCGAGGUGAGGAGGGGCCGAUAGCGAGGCUUGUGCGUUGAAGCAUGUCCCGCGAGUGGCUCCGGGCCGUAGUCGCUCGGCGCAACGAAGCUCUGAAAAAUUUCCAAUUCAACGACGACGAUGCCACGCCGGUGAACGUAUCGACGCUCUUCAAAUUGAACAAUUUGACACCGACAUCGGCGAUCAUCGUCAUUGGAUACAUUCCGAUCGACGCCACGCGAUUCUCAAUAAAUUUGAAAUGCCGAACGUCGGGAAACAUAGCGCUGCACUUCAAUCCUCGCCUCGAUCGCGGCUACGUCGUGAGGAACACUAAACUCAAAGGAUACUGGCAAGAUGAGGAGACCUGCUCGCCAAUCAGUUCUCGCGGUUACAUAUUCCGGCGAAAUUCUUACUUUCACGUCACGAUAUUCUGCACCCUCAACGAAUUCCAGAUCGCCAUAGAUGGAGAGCAUUUCUGCGCGUUUGCGUAUCGACUGCCGCUCGAGGAUGUCAUCGGGCUGGAGGUCAACGACGACAUCGAGGAGGCCAAAGUCCGUCAAACCAACAUCGACGUGUAUCCCGAUCCCCAGAUCUGCCAACCGAUGAGAUGCUUCGAGCUCCGAGACAACAGUCCGCUCGACAAAGAUCUCAAGUUGCCGAUCGUCAUCGAUCUACCGAAGGGUUUCGACGUCGGCUCGCGUCUCAUGAUGAAAGGAAGACUGAAAUUACUGCCACAUUCAUUCUACAUAAAUCUUCAGAAAGGGAGAAUGAUCUACCCUCACCCAUCGAUAGCACUGCAUUUAAAUCCUCGCUACCACUACGGUAAUCAGCCGUCCUGUAUGGUAAUGAACUGCUGGAGUAACGGCGGUUGGGAUCGCGAGGAGCGUCACGACGGUCAGACCUGGAUGCCAGGACGCGAAUUUUUACUGUCAAUCCGCUGUGAACACGAGAACUACGUGAUAUGGCUGAAUGACAAAAUGAUCGGCGAGUUCAGGCACAGACUUCAGCCAUCGAUCGUCGACACGAUACGGAUCACGGGCGAUCUUGUACUUUACGAAAUACUCGUCUCUUACUGAACGACAGAAAAAGGCCACGGCGUCGAUAUUUUCACGACGAUCCAUUCGUAGAGAGCGGCUUUUUUAAUUUUUUUUUUUAUUUUAUUAUUUUUUUUUUUUUUACUGAAACAAUUUGCUUAUUUCUCUUUUCUUUCCUUCAACUCAAGUCAAGAAUCGGAUAGCGAUCAAGUUUAGCAAUCUUCGCUUUGGGCGAAGUUCUUUUUUAUGUAUAUUUUUUCACCUUUUAAGCUUUUAUAUCUUCCCCAUUUUUCUUUAUUGUAAUGCUCUCGACGAACGAAUCGUCUGCGAAAUAUCUACCAUGGAGAUCAGGGUAUUGCGCUUGUAUAUUUUUAGGCGCACCGUCUUUCUCUUUCUCUAUCUCUCUAUUUAUCUCUCUUUCUCUCAAUAACUCGAGAUUCGAUGCCAAAACUAACAUGUAAUGUAACGACUAAAUAUUUAUAUACUAUUAGAUUACUCGUGAAAAUUAUUGGACUAACAUAUCAUUCCAAUGCAAUCGUUUGACGCCAAAAAUCAAACGUAUGAUGCGGCAAUACAUAUUUACUUAUUUUUUCUUUUAUAAGAAUUUAUUUAAUUUUGUUUAAUUAAUCUCUUUUCUUCUUUUUUGCUCAUCUCUUUAUGUACAACGUAUGUAAAGAAGCGUGUGUUAUAAUUAUACGAGACGCGCCCGUUUCGUAUUCUGUUAUGUACGAAUCAACACGUCGUGUAACGAAGAAAAAAUAAAAAAAUGUUUACAUUCAA